CGUGUUUCUUUUUUUUAUUUAAGGACUAUUUUUAUAAAAAUAAGUUAUGUGUUAUAAAAAUAAGUCCAAAAAUCAUGUCGAAGUAUUUCAAUAUUCAAAACAUCCAUUUUUACUUUCUCCCGGACAUAUAGAGGAUGUGCUUUCUACGAGCAUGGAAAAUGGUCUUAAUUCAGAAGAAGCUGAGAAGCGGCUUUUAAAAUAUGGUGCUAAUUCCUUAAAUAAUGAGGGCGGUGUAUCUGUUAUUGCAGUACUUCUACGACAAGCUGCUAAUGCCAUGACACUUGUUCUUGUAACUGCAAUGAUUGUAUCUUUAGGCAUAAGAGAUUGGAUUGAAGGGGGUGUAAUAACAGCUGUCAUAUUAAUCAAUAUUGUUGUAGGCUUUUUCCAAGAAUAUAAUGCUGAAAAGACUGUAAACUCUUUACGUUCUUUAUCGUCUCCAACGGCACAUGUUGUUCGUGAUGGUUCUAGUUUUACAAUUCCUUCUUCCCGGAUUGUGCCUGGUGAUAUUGUAGAAUUAAAGACAGGAGAUACUGUUCCUGCAGAUAUACGUCUUUUUGAAGCUAUGAAUUUUGAGACUGAUGAGUCUUUAUUUACAGGAGAAUCUUUGCCAGUAAGUAAAUUUGUUACUAUGGAAUCUGCCGACGAGGAUAUUCCAAUUGGUGAUCGUGUUACUAUGGCAUGGAGUGUUACUAGUGUUACUAAGGGACGUGCAAAAGGUAUUGUCGUAUUCACGGGGAUGGCGACUGAAAUCGGAACUAUUGCUAAGUCCAUUCAAAAGAAAAAAAUUAUUAAGAAAAACGAGGAAGGGAAAACUAGUCCUCAUGCAUAUAUUAUUGCAUGUGGAAUGAUUAUUUUAGAUGGUAUUGGUCGCUUUUUAGGUAUUAAUAUUGGAACACCAUUACAAAAAAAAUUAUCUGCUCUUGCUAUUGGUCUUUUUGGUAUUGCUUCGCUUUUUGCAUUAAUUGUAUUUGCAGCAAAUCGUUUUGUGACUAAAGAUGAAGUAGUUCUUUAUGCUAUAGCUACUGGCCUUUCUAUGAUUCCAUCAAGUUUAGUUGUUGUUCUUACUAUAACUAUGGCUGUUGGUACAAAGCGAAUGGUCCAUCGUCAUGUGAUUGUUCGUAAGCUUGAUUCAUUAGAAGCUCUUGGUGCUAUUACUGAUAUAUGUUCUGAUAAGACGGGUACUUUAACACAAGGUAAAAUGAUAGCUCGUCAGGCUUGGGUUUGUGGAUUUGGUAUGUUUUUGGUAUCAGAAAAUAAUGAGCCAUUGAAUCCUACUGCUGGAACUGUAGAUUUUGUUAAUGCUACUCCUUCAGAGUAUAUCCAAAAUAAUUAUAAAGAAAAGGUGGAAAUUAAUUUAGAAACAUAUAAUAUUAAUGAAGAGUUGGAGGGGUUUUUAAAUGUUGCUUCGUUGGCUAAUUUGUCAACUAUUCAUCAAGAUAAUGAGCAACGGUGGAAAGCAACUGGGGAACCUACUGAAAUUGCGUUGCAAGUAUUUGCGUCUCGUUUUAACAGGGGAAAAAAUAAAUUAUCUAAAGGGUCUAAUUCAUUGUGGACUCAACUAGCCGAGUUUCCUUUUGAUAGUGAUAUCAAGAAAAUGUCCGUUGUUUUUCAGAAAAAUACAGAAAAGAAAAUUAUGGUAUUUAUGAAGGGUGCUACUGAAAAGGUCCUUCAUGAUUGUGUUACUAUGGGUGUGGAAAUGAAGUUACUAAGUGAAGAAGAUAAAGAGGAAGUAUUUAGGAAUAUGGAAGUUUUUGCUAGUCAGGGUUUGCGAGUUUUGGCGUUGGCUCAAAGACAAUUGACUGAGAAUAUUGAUAAUUGGGAUGAGGUGUCUCGAGAUGAUAUUGAGUCAAAUAUGAAUUUGCUUGGGUUUGUUGGUAUAUAUGAUCCUCCUAGACCAGAAUCUGCUUCAUCUGUUAAAGAAUGCCAUCAAGCUGGUAUAAAUGUUCAUAUGCUUACAGGAGACCACUUAGGAACUGCUAAGGCUAUAGCAAUGGAAAUUGGUAUUCUUCCUCGAAAUAUGAGCAAAUUUUCGAAUAGUAUAUCUUAUAUGAUUAUGACUGCUUCUGAGUUUGAUAAAAUGAGUGAUUCUGAAAUUGAUUCUCUGUCUUGUUUACCUUUGGUUAUUGCAAGAUGUGCACCGCGAACCAAGGUUCGAAUGAUAGAGGCAUUGCACCGACGAAAAGCGUUUUGCGCUAUGACAGGUGAUGGAGUUAAUGAUUCACCAAGUUUGAAGCAUGCAGAUGUUGGUAUUGCCAUGGGAAUGUCGGGAUCAGAUGUAGCAAAAAAUGCUAGUGAUAUUGUUCUUAUGGAUGAUAAUUUUGCAUCUAUUAUAAAUGCAAUAGAAGAGGGUCGCAGAAUGUUUGAUAAUAUUAAGAAGUUUGUACUUCAUCUUUUAGCUGCAAAUGUUGCUCAAGCUCUUUAUUUGUUAAUUGGUCUUGUAUUUCAGGAUAAAAGUGGUUUUUCUGUAUUUGCCUUAACUCCGGUUGAGAUUCUUUGGAUUAUUAUGGUAACAAGUGCUUUUCCUGCUAUGGGACUUGGUAUGGAAGCCGCGUGUUCUGAUAUUAUGAAGCGACCACCACAUAAUAUUAAAAUUGGGGUAUUUACGUAUGAGGUUAUUGUUGAUACUUUUGUUUAUGGCUUUAUUCAGGCAGUAAUUUGUUUAGUAUCUUAUGUUAUUGUUGUUUGGGGAUAUGGAGAUGGGAAUCUUGGUGUUUCUUGUAAUGAUUUUUAUAAUUCAUCAUGUGAAUAUGUAUAUAGGGGGAGAUCUACUACGUUUGUUGAACUUACUUGGAUGAUAUUGAUUCUUGCAUGGGAAAUGAUUGAUUUUCGACGAUCUAUGUUUUACUCUAAUCCCGAAUCACCUUUCAAAUAUACUCAAUUGUAUCAUCAUCUUAAAGGAAAUAAAUUAUUGUUAUGGUCUGUAGUUUUUGGCUUUUUUAGUGUUUUCCCUGUUAUUUAUAUUCCAGUAAUUAAUAAGGAGAUUUUUAAACACUCCCCUAUUACAUGGGAAUGGAUCCUUGCAUUAUCUGGUUUAUUACUUUUUAUUAUAGCUUCGGAAUUGUGGAAAUGGAUUAAACGGAUUUAUUAUAGACAUUGUCAAAAAAGAAAAUAUAAUUUUGAUUCUGAUUUGGAAAAAAAAUGUCCGUUUGAGAGAUAUGCAUCAAUAGAAAAUAAUACUAAUAAACUUUGUUAAAUAUUUGUUUAAUUAUCUAUAUUUAGGAUUUUUUUAUGAAUUUU